AUGACCCGCACCCCUUGGCAGUAUGGCAAUGCCUCUCAACCUCACUUACAGUCCAACCCAGAAAAUUUCAUGAUCCAGGGGAAACCCCCUCCAUCCUUACUCCCCAAACCCCUCCCCCUCCCUCCUCCUCUCCCUCCUCCUCUUCCACCACCAUCUCACCCCCCCGCAAACUCCACCCUCGGCUUCAGCACCAUCCUCGCCGUCUCCCACCCCACCGCACAGCGCCGCCCGAGUCUCCUCUGGGCCGCCAACCUGACCGACCUCGACAUCGUUACACCGGAGCAGCCGGGGUGGACGGCGGCGGAUGUGGACGACGUUAGGGCCGGGGCGGAGUAUGUUACACAUCCCACCCACCCGCCCUCAUCCUCGAAGACGACACAAACUGGUUCCCCCACCUCCGCACCACCCAAAUCCCCCUCCGCACCCUCACAAACACGCCCCCCGCCUCCCUGA